AUGCUGCUUUCGAGGCUAUCGAGUGAAGGCUUCAAACGUGUGGCUCUUCAAUUCCCGGAUCAUUUACUUCGUUAUGCAUGCCGUUUGGCUGAAAAGUUCGAACUGCUAACAGGCGCUAAGACAUUCAUCCUUGCCGAUACCUCAUAUCGAAGUUGUUGUUGUGACUAUGUGGCAGCGGAGCAUGCGAGAGCAGAUUGCUUGAUCCACUACGGCGAGUCAUGCCUUAGUCAAGCACCCAGCUCGGGCAUUCCUGUUCGAUACGUUUUCGGCCAUUUACCCAUUGAUACGACUGCCCUUGGAGAGCAUCUCAGCAAAUAUACUGCCAAGAACGAUGAGCAAUUUUCAUCGAAUUGUGUACUCGUCUAUGAUACUCUCUUUACCAGAUCAUCAGGUAGAGUGAAAGUUUUGAUGUUGUAUGGAAUGACUCACAUAAAUCAAUUUGUUGCUUUUGCAAUAAUUUCAGGUGAUAUUCUGAGUGUGUUAUCAACGCAUCUCCCGAAUAAGCGAAUUCAUCACUGUGAAAUCAUUGAUCCAACGAAAUCGCCUUCACCAGCCAGUGAAGACGAUCAAAUGACAAAAAUCACUUUGGGACGACGAGUGCCUGUAGAUCUGUCCGAGUUAGAUGAAUUCACUUUAAUAUUCAUUGGUCAAGAGGACAGUGCGAUUUUGCCAUUAUGGCUUAUGACAUACCCGAAUUGUACGAAAAUGUUCUCUUACUCACCGAUCACAUUAGAGUCGUCAUUUUCCAGUUGCUCAACAAAUCGAUCGCUUCGUAAACGUUUAUUUCUGAUCGAAAAAAUUCGAGAUGCACGAAUAUUGGGUGUAGUCGUCGGGACUGUUGCAGUGAACGCAUAUCGAAGCGCUAUUGAAAGACUGAGGCAAUUGUGCAAGAACGUUUCCAAGAAACUGUACGUUCUCUCAGUUGGGAAGGUGAAUGUUGCAAAAUUAUCAAAUUUCGCCACAGAUAUAGACGCCUUCAUAUUACUGUCUUGUCCGUUCGGUGUAAUGUUGGAAACGUCAGAGUAUUAUCGUCCAGUUGUGAGUCUAUUUGAAGCGGAAAUCGCGUUGAACAGUGACAAGCAGUGGAUGGCUACAGGCGGAUGGACCGCUGAAUUCAAGAACUUUAUCUCAGAUUCGAUCGGUGCAGAAAGUGAUCCGAGCGCAGAUGUCAGUCUCAUAACGGGUCGAAUCCGAACAAUUGGCGGAACACAGCAAACAAACUCGACUGCCACCGAUCAAAAGAAUCACGCUGACUCCAGUCUGACAGUCUACACUGCAGGUUGGUUCCUUUGCACUUUUGUUUUUGUGGCCAUUCCUUUUGUGCUAAAUCGAAAUCGUUGUCGAUUUGAUUGUGAUUAUUUCGCGAAUCGGACAUGGAAGGGAUUAAACGAGAGUUGCACAAGGGACGAGGACGAACAGAACAGUGUCGAGGUUGUUGAAGGUCGUGCAGGAAUCGCUUCGUCGUAUACAAAUGAACCGAAGAAACAAUGA